GAGAUUUAGUGAGAGAGGAAGUGAAAGUGAGAGUCCUCUUAGUAACAGCGACAACAGACUACCAUGACGACUGUUAAUGUUUGUCUGAUGAGGUGAAGGACUAGGGAUCUCUUGGAUUGUCUACUGACUGUUGCUUACUGCACAUAUUCGUGUGUUUGCACGAACCGAACCCUCUACACAGGCUAGAACAAAUUUAAUAUUCAAGCAUAUAUACAUAUACAAGAUAUAUACACAGCGAAGAAUUUAUAUACUCACACAAUCUUGAAAGAUGUUCACUUUGACUAUGUUGUGUGGAAAGGAUCCACCUAUACUUUUUGUAUCAUCAUUAUGGGAUAAAGUGAUGUGGACAAGACACUAGAUAGAUGGAUGAAUGGAUAUGUAAAUACAUACAUAUAUACAGAGAGAAAAAGGAAGGACCUACAAGACGAAUAUUAAUGCAUACGUUUAGAAAACAAAGAAAAAUAGUCCAUAUUUACAACACGUAAAACAGCUAUAUAUAUAUAUAUAUAUAUAUAUAUAUAUAUAUGUACAUUCUCUUAUAACACGCACGUGUAUGUAUAUUUAUUUGUGUUUUAUAUAUACACCUAUUGUUGCAUAUAUUUAUAUGUAUGUUUAGUAACAAGAACGUUUUGUCAUAUAAUUAACAUAUACCAAUCUUGUUAACAUGACUGAGUAUAUAUGAAUAUACAUUAUCUUAUGGUACGUGUGGUGAUAUGUAUUGUAUACAUUUUCUUGUAUGUACCUUUAACAUAACUGAAUAUAUGCUUUCAUUGCAAUAUGAAGCCAACUGGUUGUGUAGAUUCAUUACACAGCAUGCAUAUAUAUAAUACACAACAGCAUUUUAUGCUACAUUUAUCUAUUUGACAUCACGAGUAUGUUUGCUACGUGAAUUUAUAACCUUUAUUUUACGUGUGCAUAGAUUGAAACGUUUGGUGUGAAACUCGUUAAUAAUAACGAAUAGGGGACAUUUGGGCUGCUUUCACCGUUUGUUGUUAGUGAGCCUGGAGGAAGAAGGGGAGGAAAGAGUGAUGAAAAGAGAGUAAGUUGGGGGGAAAGUGUGAGAGAAAGACUGAUAAUUUGAAGUGAGGGGUUGAAGAGGAGGAAAGAGAUAGCAAGACCGCGGUAAAAUGUAAAUACACACAUACACGCACCUAGGUGUUAUGUAUGUGUAAUUGUGUGAGAGAUAUUAUUGUUACGUAUUUAUAUAUAUCAAAUAUAUAUAUUGAAUUAUGACAAAAGAAUCACGAAAUCUUUCACAGAAAAGAAACAAGAUCGAAGAGGAAAAUAAAUAGAAAACGUGAGAGGGGGGGGACACAUAUUCAGGGAAAUACUAAUACACACACAUAAGGCGAAGGGAUAGAGCGAUAAGAGAGAGUGGAACUAGGUAGAAAUAGACUAAGUGUAAAGAGAAUUCUUGACAAUAGGCAGAGAGUAAGAAAAAAAAGAGAGAUAAAAAGACAAGAGACGUGUGUAUGAGAGAGAAGGUUGGGGUGUUGUUGGAAGAACAACAAUAUGAUGAUGAACAACCAGGCUGGUGCCACCACCACGGCGGCAGCAACGGCGGCGACUGGAAAUAAGAAGAAAUCAGGCAGCUUCUUGAGUCGGCAGGUGAAGAGCAAACACGACAACCACCAGCAACAAACACAUCAUACACAAUCAAAGAAGGGGACGGCGACGACUGGUAGUAAUGGCGGAGACUGUAGUGAGCCCUUACUGGGUGAGGAGGAACUGGCCAGGAGGGGCAACAUCAGCCCCGAAGAAGUAUUACGUCUGGAGAAAGUCACGGAAGGUUAUCUUUGUCCUCCUGAAGCCAAUAUAUAUGGGAUAGAUUUCAUCCGAUUCAAGCUUAGGGACUGUGAUACAGGAGAAACAUUGUUUGAAGUUCUCAAACAAGAAGACACAGAUGAUGAAGAUGUAAUUCAAAAGACACCAGAUCGAGAAGAAGUUGACCCUAAUGCUGGAAGGUUUGUACGAUACCAUUUCACACCACAGUUUUUAAGACUGAAAACUGUUGGAGCAACUGUAGAAUUUGUUGUUGGCAACAAACCAGUGAAAGAUUUUCGAAUGAUUGAGCGUCACUAUUUCCGGGAAAAGCUACUGAAAAGUUUUGAUUUUCAUUUUGGUUUCUGCAUUCCUAGUAGUGUAAACACUUGUGAACAUAUCUAUGAAUUCCCAGCUCUCUCAGACUAUGAAAUUGAAGAUAUGAUUCGAAGUCCAUAUGACACGAGAUCGGAUAGUUUUUACUUUGUCGAAAACAAGUUGAUCAUGCACAACAAAGCAGAUUAUGCCUACAAUGGCAUGUGGGAUGAAGACAACCAGAGAUAGAUGCAGUGGCUGCACAUGGUAUUGGUCAGCAGCCGAUACAUUCUUGGAUUUCUACCAACUGAUCAUAACCUUCACCAAGCCCUCAUCACCCCAUCAUAUCUUAUGCCUUGCCUUUGGCAGGCUGCUGUGGGAUAUGAUAUUCAACAUUGUAGUAUGAAUGUAUAUGUUUAUGUGUUAGUGUAUAUGUACAAAGCUGGUGUGUGUAUGGGUUUGAUCCAACUGCAUGGUAUCAAGCGUCUUUUACUAUAGCCUUGGAUCAAUUCAAGCCUUGUGCAAGAAAUUGGAUAGACAGAAACUGUAGGAGCCCAUCGGAUGGACCAUGCUAGUAAUUCAAAGUGUCAACUCUGUAAAUUGAUUCUGCCUGAGAAUUAUAUUAAGGGUACAAGUGUCUCUGGAAUACUCAGCCAUUUAUAUUAUGAUUCAAUGAGUGGUAGUUCACUAACUCAAACAACUGGAAUACUUAUUGUAAGAACAAUCAUCUAUUUACUAUUAUGUUUGUGUGUUAAUGUAUAUUUAUACUCCUUCAAGUAUAUGAAAAAGAUCUAUCCGGUGUAUUUUUGGUUCAAGGUGUUUGUCGAUGUACAGUAUGCACACACACACACACACACACACACACACACACACACAUGCAAGUGUAUCUGGAGUUUCUAUAUGUUUGCACAAUUGAAUGUAUGCUAGCGUGUACGUAUUUAUUAUACAUUUCCAGUAUGUAUGCAGUAAGAAGGCAAAAGUGUUGUAGAAUUAGGUGGUGAUGAUGACUGGUGUGAAAUAGUGUCUGUCAGUAGCUGUUGUAGUAUUGACUACAUCCAUCAUUGGACACACUCCCAACUACCAACAUUCUGAUUAUGUUCCAUCCCCACCUCAACACACUUUCGUUCCACAGUUUUCUUGUUGUUAUUGCCAUAAGGAAAGAAAUCAAAACACAGAGAUACACACACACACACUCCUAGAUUUAAAUUUACACAACAGAAAUUAACAAUUUGCCCUUCAUAAACACACACACACACAGCUUUCCAUUUCAGCAAUAUGGAGUCAACUUGAAGGUUAACUAGAGCAUUUAAUAAAGAAAUAGACAAAG